UCGCACGCACUUAAGUGAAACCGUCAAAGCAUUAGAUACAGUUAAGACCCAAACUUUGGAGGAGGAAGCGUCUAGUUCAGCUUCAGUUGUUGGUCCAGCAUUUAAGAAAAGUGCGUCCACUAAGAUUACUUGCCUCCAUCGUUUAGCUAAUGCCUGAUUCUUUGCCUUUUCAUGAAUCCUCCUCCUCUACUUCAACUUGUCAUCAACUCAUCCUCCUCUUUUCCUGAAUACUUUGCCAAUAAUCAAGCAAUCUUCUUCAUUGGCCACUGUCUCUGCUCUCUCUUUCAUCACCACCUUCCAAAUACAAUCACCAAAGCUUCCCCAUGUCCAGGUCCAGAGAAACCAACCCUCAUUUCCAUCCCCCACAAGAGCUGGACGAUGGCAUCAUCCUUCAUUUCCCGCCCCAGCAGUCAAGAAGGCACAGGGAUCCCCCGCAGCCGCAGCCGCAGCCUAGUCUCACUCCCCAUUCUCCGAGACCCGGACAACCACAUCAUCAAACUCCCCGUCGUCAUACUACUCGUUUCCAGCCACCGGACAGCCCCAGUCGCCAUUCCCCUACACCCCGCGGUCAGCCUGAGCCGCAUCCUAAUUCCUUUCCCCGCCAUACUCAGCCGGUGCGCGGUCCCGGUCCACACUCUCCUGGACACAAUGGUCGGCCUGGCCAGUCACAGCAGCAGCAAUCCUCAGCACUGAGAGUGCCAUCACCACAGAAGACCAGGACAUACACGUGGUUGAUCGGUGUAGCUUGCGCGCUGCUAUGGAUUGCCGUCUUCCUGGGAGGCCUAGUGGUUCUCAUAGUCUACGUUCUUUUUCGUCCACGGAGCCCUAAGUUUGAAGUGUCAAAUGCCUCCCUCAAUGCAGCCUACCUUGACAUGGGGUAUCUCCUGAAUGCUGAUAUGACACUGCUUGCAAACUUCACGAACCCAAGCAAGAAAGCUACUGUGGAUUUCAGCACCGUGGUCAUUCAACUUUAUUACGGAAACACACUCAUUGCCACCAGCUAUAUUGAUCCGUUCUCUGAAAUGAAGGCAGAAUACAAGAUUAAAGCUGUUCAUCUGAUCAGCAGCCAGGUUUGGCUGCGUUCAGCAGAAAGCCAACGACUAAAGCAGCAGAUGAAUGAUAACAAAAUCAUUUUUGAGGUAAAAGGGCUGCUACGAACCAGAUCAAGUCUGGGUACCUUCUUUCGAUAUUCCUAUUGGCUGUAUGGCCAUUGCAAAAUAGCAGUUACAGGCCCUCCCAGCGGAAUAUUGGUGGCAAAGAGGUGCAAGACAAAGCGUUAAAAACAUAAAUCUCUGAUGAGGUGGUGACUUUGUUGUUCAAUUUUAUUUUUUUGGAUUAGCUUAAAAUAUUUCCAUUAGCCAUAAUCUUGUGCUAUCUACUCAAAUAUCUUGUUUUUGCUUCGGAGUUGAUACUCGCACUAGAUUCUGUCGAUCUUCGUUGUGUCAAAUCUUCAAUCAAUUGAAAAUAUAUCUUUGGAGUCAUACUUAACACCUGUCAAAUCCAUUAAUUUUUCAAACUUGGCUAUGAACUUCUUGUUUGUGUGUUAAUUAAAAUGGGCUUAGAAUUUC